AUGGCCUCGCCACUGAUGCCCAAAAAAAUGCCCGCCUGGCGCACCACCUUCGACAAAGCAGAUCCGUUUUUGAAAGAGAUAGACACACCGGAACCCGCAGAAGAUGAACUCCUUGUGAGGAUCCUAGCAAUGGGCGUAUGUCACUCCGACUGCACGCUGCUCGCGCUCUCCGCCCCCAUCUACGGCAUGAAGUCCGAGUUCACACUCGGGCACGAAGCCUGCGGUGAAAUCGUCUCACUAGGCACCCAAGUUAAAGACUUCGCAGUGGGUGAUAAAGUAGCGAUGCAUAUCAUCCCAGGGUGCGCCCUUGCUUCUUGUGCAGAUUGUUCUAGAGGCAUGAAUAGAGUGUGUCGCGCCCCCGGAAGCGGAAACUACGGCCUUGGACUCAGCGAUGGGUUUUUCGCACAGUAUGCUACGAUUUCUGCGCGCGCGGCUGUCAAGAUGCCGGAGGGGUUGCGGGUGGAAGAGGCGGCUGUGGGGGCGGACGCGGUGUUGACGGCGUACUAUGCUGUGCGGUAUACAGGCGGUGUCUCUCCAAAUGAUACGGUUGCGAUUUUCGGGCUAGGGGGCGUGGGGUUGAAUGGGUUGCAGACGGCGCUGUAUUUGGGGGUGGGGAAGGAGAGGAUCUUAGUGGCGGAUAAGAGGCAGAGUGUGCUAAAUGAGGCUGUUAAGCUGAGGGUGCCUGCAUCCCACACGUUUCUCGUUGGGGAUGAGGCACCGAGUCCUAUCGAGGCAUAUGUUGCCGAGAAAGGUGUGCAGGUUGAUGUUGUGUUUGACUUUGUCGGACACGAGCAGACGAUGAAGGCGGCGCAGAUGGUGGUGAGAAGCGGAGGGACUAUUGUUCUGGUGGGAUUGAUGAGUCCAGUCGUGCCUCUUGUGCCGCUGGUUACGGUUUUGAAGGCUGCAACGAUUAAGACGGGGUAUAAUGGCACGAUGGAGGCGUUUCGGGAGUGCCUUGAGUUGAUGGCGAAGGGGGUGCUGAAGCCGAGUGUGGAGACGGGGUCGAUACGGAAACUGCCAGAGGUAUUGAGGGAUUUGGAUGAGGGAAUGAUCAAGAAUAGGAUGGUGCUGUUGCCUGAUUGGGAGGCGUGA